AUGUCAAAUUCCCCAUCAAUAGUGACUUUGUCACAGGAGUAUUUCGAUCCAAAUAUUCCUCAAAUUCUCCCACACGAAAAAAUGUACAAGAUUCAAGUUGGCAAAUGUCUGUUCAAAAUCAGUGGUGCUUCGCUAAGUUCAGAUGGCCCCAGCUUCUUUACUGAAUACUUUUCCAAAAAACGCUCUCCUGUGGAUAGCAGCGACAGCAAUUGCCAUGCCGUAGAACCUACUGAAAAUGAGGCUCUAUUCAUAGAUAGAUCAUCAGAAGUUUUUGAAUGGAUCUACCAACAUUUGCAAGGAUAUAUGAUCGAGAUUAAGGAUGAAGUUCAAUAUACUAUGCUUUUCGCGGAUGCAAUGUACUACAAUUUACCGCGUUUAAGAUCUUUACUGAAGGAAACCGAUUAUUAUUACACCAAUGUUGGUGGACAAUCGUUCAAAAUAGCCAAAAAUCUCUUUAGGAGGAAAGGUGAUUCUCCAAAUUAUUUUGAAAUAUAUGCGGCCACGGUUUAUGUCGAUGUGGAAGAGUUGAUUGUAUCUAAGAAGUUGUUGAGACCACCACCGCAUUCUGCCCCCUACAUUCCAAGGUCGUCCGAGUUUUUUAAAGAUCUACUUACUUUAUUAGGAGGAGCAUCUCUAGAUUUAGAUGAUAAUAGAAGGGAUGCGCUAAUAAAGGAGUGCCGAUAUUACAGGUUUUUAAAUCUUGAACAGCGGCUAAUCAAGUCUCAAAUUACCUAUAAUCCAAUAAUACGGAAAGAAGAGAUAUGCCUUUUACUGAAAGACCUGUCCAAGAAAGGUAUCACUUUCCCAGCUACUUCGGCUUUCUCAUCUUCACCCUGUUUUGAAGGUGGAUUUUGUAGUGCAGAUGAAAGCGAUAAAUCUUUACAAACCUGUGACCAGCCAGAAGCGAAAAGGUCUAAACUUGAUAUUGCUGAGCAAAAUAACGAUUGUUGGAACAUGCUUUGUUAUAAGAGACCAUUUCUGGACAAUCAUGCGAGAGAAUUGAUCUUUCAAAUAGAUUCAACUGAUUGUACUAUAAUCUUCAAUAAGGAAAGUAAAAGCAUUCAUGUAGACAUGGUUGGAGAAUCCGCGAAAAGUUUCGAGGCCUUGUUUGGAAAUCAUCUGCUAAAUAUACCUUUUAGCCCGACUAAUUUAAAUAAUUAUCAAUAUCGGUUACCAUCAGAUGCCGCGCAGGCAAAAGUCGAAACUCAUUACUUACUUCCUGCAUGCAUAUCGCUCUGUGAUUUGCAUGUGAAUGGCAUCAGGAUCGCCCAAGUACGGAGUUUAUUGACGGAGAAGAGCAGUUUUAACGACACAAUCAUUGACGUCUCUGACCCAUUUGAUCUCAAAUUACGUUCUGGUCUAAAACUCUAUCUAAAGAAAUCUCUCUGGAAGUUGGCUAUGAAAGAUGGCCAAAUUAUGUUAAUAGCAAUCAAGGCCAUAGCACUUAACGGAACAAAAGAGUAUUGUAAGGCAUACGAAUAUCUGUGA